AGAAUAAAAACGGAUAGCGAAAAAGAUGCACCUUGUAUCUACCUUAUUGGCAUUCUGCUUUCUGCUAGUAAUUUUGCCCAACUUUAUGGAUGCUCGAAAAACUGGUCACCAUGUGCACCCAAGAGGUUUAGUAAAACACAGGCGCAUCCAUCGGAGAACCAAUCAAACUGCAGCUGAAACAACCCAACCUGAAUCAGGGGAUCUUACGGAAAAGUUCUAUAAUCACUGCGAUGAUAUAUUUAGGGAGAGCUCGUUGGUUAGUCACGUGAUCCGUGGCAUGAUCGGAGGAAUUUCGGAUCGACUCAAUGAAGUGUGUGUGGGCAAGCCCAUUCAUCCAAUUAUCCACACACUCUUCACGGAAACUCUUCUGUGUGAAGGCAGCUUAUCCGAAGCCAUCGACAGUAUCGUCGACGUUCUGUUUUCGCAAUUCGACAGAAAAUGUGAGGAAAUAACUAACUUCCAGAGUAUUUAUGUUUUAACCGUUGCGGAAAAUGAGGUUGUAAAGACACAUGGUGCAGAUUAAGCAAGGUUUUUUAUUUGAAAAAUAAAGAACAAUACCUUAAUUCUAAAAA